AUAUUCGGUGGUGAUCGAACUCGAGUGAUCUACUAUAUAUAUAAGAAAGUGAAGGCUGCUGUCUGUCUGGUGUCUUGAGCAAAUGGGCUGGUUGGUAAAUGCAGAGCGAGGUUUGGAUGAGGAAAAAGGUCAUGAGAAGGGAAAAAGCGUAAUAGAGAACUUGGGAUUUAAUCACUAGGAUCAAAAGAUUUGCAGAUUGUGUGAUAAAUUAUAAAGGUUAGAGAUAUGAUAUUCUGGAAACAAUGGGCAAUAGUUUCAUGCCAAGUUCACAAGGUUUAUGGUAGUGGGAAUUCCAAUUACACACGUCUGAAGUGGAUGGAUUUUUUACAAAAUCGAUGUGAAGUCUUGGUUUAAAAUGGACAUGGAUGAUCGAAACAGCUGAAUCAUAUUGAAGCCCUAUGACUCAGAGUUACUUUGUAAUUAAUUAAGGAAAUGACUCUUGGCUUUUUGUGGGGCUAGUGCCUUUUGUAAACAGUAAAGUCACUGUUUUGGGUUUGCUUGAACCCAUGCCCUUCCAGUGCCAACAGAGGAUCUGCUGUGUUGAAGCACCACUUUUGGGAUGAUGCAUGUCUGGUCCGUGAAUGUGGCCAGAUAUUCUGUGGAGUUAGUCAUCUGAUGGAGACCAUAUGAUCAUAACCAAAAGACCUUUGGUUAUUUAAUCAGAAAGACAUUAUUCUCUCUUCCUAAUGAAGUUCUUUUAGUUUCUCCCAGAUGGUAAUUUCUUUGGCGACAUGAUGUUGCAUUUUGAUGGAAAAUGUGGCCCCAGAAACGACAUCCAUGCUUGUGACAUGAUGCAAAAUAGUCUUCAACCUAUGUGCUAUAAAAUAGUAAUCUGGAGAUUAAGUCAGUUUGUGGCAACUCAAAGCCUACAAAUGCCCACUUUGUUUUGCAAAUUGCAAGGCUGUGUGCCACCAUGUCGGAAGAUGAUGAUAACCAGACUUCUAUUGUGACCCCAUUGAAGGCAGUGUAGCUCAAUGAAAAUCAUGUGAUCUGGUCUCUGGGAAGAUGGAUCUGUCCAUGAUGAAAUGUCUGGAUGACGGAAUAAUAUGGGUGUCAAACCUUGUGGUGGGUGCAAUGGAUGGGUGAUUGAUGCUGAGCAAGAAUGAGACAUCACCUCUUGGUCACGCAGCCUGUUGUUAACGAUGUCAUAUUUAUCAUCAAAAUCCAAGGAUCACAUCAUUCAAAUACAUUAUUUGAGUUCUUUUCUGCACAGCUCAAGCAUGCGAGAAGCAGCACCAGGCUUUGCAGAGUUGGUUGGGUUGGAUGAAGCCUUAGUCCUGUAGCAAUGCGAACAAUGGCUAUGAUUGGACAAUCCAAGAAAACUAUGAAGGAGAGGAUUGAUCUUGAGUGCUACAGCAGCACAAGAAGUUCUGGAUCAAAGAAAUGUGCCAUCAUCUAUUUUAUGACUGAAGAAAACAUAGAGCCAACUGGUUGCCAAAGCAAUUGUUUGGUUGUUGUCUAGGCAACAAAGCUCAGUGCCAAGAGCAAUUAUUUGGAUGCUGUGCAGGUAAUGUUACUAGGUGGAAAAUUUUUGACCUUUGCAUCCAACAGCAGAAGGCAGGACUGCUGGCAUGGGCCCUCUUGUCAGCAAGGAAGGCUUCCCCCCUCGUGUCCCCACUGCUUCUUGUGGUCCUAUUGGAAAACUGGGCAUACAACUCGAUCAUGACUACAUAUCCAUUAGUACAUGGAUCUUCUGAACCAGCCAUGCGAUUGGAUAGUUGGGCGGUGCCUAUUUGUGGCAGGGAGAGGAUGAUUCCCAGUAUGGAUAGCUCAAGACUAUUUUACCAGGUGCCAGUUGAGGUCAUGCCAUGGCGGGCAAAUCACUAUCCAAGGGUGCUGCUGUUCAUGUGGAAUCAAUCACAUUGCCGUGAUGUUAAAAAAGAACCCAUGCUCGUUACACUUGUUUGGUCGUGCCUCUUUUUCGAGUUGGAUAUAUAUGAAUGUAGGUCCCGCCAAUCAUGAUCCAGGUUUGGCCACUUACCGUGGUCAAAGAUUGCAUCUUCGAGUGGAUCAGAGCAUUUAAACUGGGCGACUGCGACCAAAAGCAAGCAUCCCCGCCAUCAUGUUCCAUGGUUGGUGCAAGUCACAUGUCAUCGCAGGGUUCUGCUGGUGAGUUCCUCGAACCAGAUGCACCUUUUGACAGCAUCCAUUCAUGAUAACGAGAAGGCAUCUCACAACUCAUAUCUAUCGAGCUUCAUUCUACCUUAUAAAGAUGAUACGAUAUUUAUCAGUGCAUUAUGCUAAUACAGUAGCGUUUCACAAUGAGAUUUGUUUGCUUAUAAUACAAGAGAAAACAUAUUAUUCAUAUUGCACAUAUUGCUGUAACAACACCGGGUCAUAUAUUUAAUUAGUCCCAACCAGCUAGCUUAUUUAGAAAGAACCUGGAAUCGAUCCUGCCUGCCCUUUUAUCAUUUGGUAUCAGGAUCACUUUUAUGAAUACACUUACUCAUUGGUUGGAGAGAUUGAACUCGGCACGAAAGCCGAGUGGAAGCUCUCGGAUCAGGUUUCAGGUCAUGCAGGUGAACCGCAUCUGAUUCCGUUUGGCAUGGCUCGGUGACCCAAUCGUAGACACUUGGACAGCAUCCUGCGUGAUGUGGACAUGGCAACUGAUCCGUGUGCCAAGUUGUACUGCAUCAUCAUCUGCCAUCCACGUUCCCUUGUCAACUUCUCUGAUCGAUUGCCGGCGUGCCCCGAGUCUUAUUCGGUGCGUUAUGGUGAGCGACCCCAUCACCCAUAUCUGUACAGCAGGAAAGGACAAAAAUGAGAAGAGGAAUAUAAACACCAAAUUAGUACUUGGGAGUGCAGAAAACGUUACAAUCCUACUCGCAACUGAUGGAUUUCUAUUUUUGACUUUAUCCAUUUGAAGGAUUUAUAGUCUUCACCACCUUACCCUCGAUGCAUCGACCUUAUCAGCUAUUUAGCUAUAUAGUUAAAACUGCUUACUCAGACUGCUAAAGAACAUGUAUCUUCCACCAAAAGUUCACACUGUAAACUGUUCUGAUGCAUACGAUGUCUCUACAAGUUAUUAAGGAAAAACAAUUACUGAAAGUAUAACUUAUUUAUAGAUAUUUGGAUGACUGCAUUUUUUUUUUUUU